CACUGCGUGAGGGCGGGGGCUUCGAGGAGGGGAGCCGGCCUCCCAGGGCAGGAGCAGUAACCACAGCCCCCCACUGCAGGCAGGCAGGAGGAGGCUGAUUUAAAAGGCAGCGGGGCCUCUGUCCGAAGCACUCAGCUCUGCACCCAGCCACUGCCACCGUGGGCUGCAGGAGCACCCAGACUUCCGGACCAGCUCCGGGCGGGUGCCAUGUGAGCCCAGCUUGGCUCUCCUCCUGCCCGCCCUCCUGCUGCCGGCCUCUGCCUUGUCCAGCUUCUCCAAAGAGGAACACUUGGCACCAUGUCUCUGCUCAACCCUGUCCUGCUGCCCCCGCAAGUGAAGGCCUAUCUGAGCCACGGGGAGCGCUUCAUCAAAUGGGACGACGAAACAACAUUAGCCUCCCCGGUCAUCCUCCGUGUGGACCCCAAGGGCUACUACUUGUACUGGACAUAUCAGAGUAAGGAGAUGGAGUUUCUGGAUAUCACCAGCAUCCGGGACACCCGCUUUGGGAAGUUCGCCAAGAUUCCCAAGAGCCAGAAGCUCCGGGAGGUCUUCAACCUGGACUUUCCUGACAACAACUUCCUGCUGAAGACACUCACUGUGGUGUCUGGCCCGGACAUGGUGGACCUCACCUUCCACAACUUCGUCUCCUACAAGGAGAACGUGGGCAAGGACUGGGCUGAGGAUAUACUGGCGCUGGUGAAGCACCCGCUGACAUCCAACGCCCCCCGCACCACCUUCCUGGAUAAGAUCCUGGUGAAGCUCAAGAUGCAGCUCAACCCUGAAGGGAAGAUUCCUGUGAAGAAUUUUUUCCAGAUGUUUCCUGCUGACCGAAAGCGGGUAGAAGCUGCCCUCAGUGCCUGCCACCUCCCCAAAGGCAAAAAUGACUCCAUCAAUCCUGAGGACUUCCCACAAUCUGUCUACAAGAGUUUCCUCAUGAACCUCUGCCCUCGGCCGGAAAUCGACGAGAUCUUCACUUCCCACCAUGCCAAGGCCAAACCCUACAUGACCAAGGAGCACUUGACCAAAUUCAUCAACCAGAAACAGAGGGACCCUCGCCUCAACACAUUACUGUUCCCGCCAGCGCGGCCUGACCAGGUGCAGGGCCUCAUCGACAAGUAUGAGCCCAGUGGCAUCAACGUGCAGAGGGGCCAGCUGUCACCCCAGGGCAUGGUGUGGUUUCUCUGUGGGCCAGAGAACAGCGUGCUGGUCCAGGACAAGCUGCUGGUUCACCAGGACAUGACCCAGCCACUCAAUCAUUACUUUAUCAACUCCUCGCACAACACCUACCUGACAGCCGGCCAGUUCUCGGGCCUCUCCUCUGCGGAGAUGUACCGCCAGGUACUGCUGGCGGGCUGCCGCUGCGUGGAGCUGGACUGCUGGAAGGGGAAGCUCCCGGAUGAGGAGCCCAUUAUCACCCAUGGCUUCACCAUGACCACAGACAUCUACUUCAAGGAAGCAAUUGAAGCGAUUGCAGAAAGUGCCUUUAAGACCUCCCCCUAUCCUGUUAUACUGUCAUUUGAAAACCAUGUGGACUCCUUCUGCUCCCUCAGGCCCCGCCAACAGGCCAAGAUGGCUGAGUACUGCCGGGCGAUGUUUGGUGACAUGCUGCUCACCGAGCCCCUGGAAAAGUUUCCGCUGAAACCAGGCAGCCCCCUGCCCAGCCCUGAGGAUCUCCGUGGCAAGAUCCUCAUUAAGAACAAGAAGAACCAGUUUUCAGGCCCAGCAUCCCCCAGUGGGGAGGCUGAGGGCAGCUGCCCACCCAGUGCCCCUGUGGGUGGGGACACAGUGUUGGCUGGUGAGGAAAGGGCUGAGCCAGAGGAGGAGGAGGAGGAGGAGGAGGAGGACGUGGGAGAAGAAGAGGAGGAGGAGUCGGGAAACCUGGAUGAAGAAGAGAUGAAGAAGAUGCAGUCGGAUGAGGGCACAGCGGGCCUGGAGGCGACAGCUUACGAGGAGAUGUCCAGCCUAGUCAACUACAUCCAGCCCACCAAGUUCACCUCCUUUGAGUUCUCUGCCCAGAAGAACCGAAGUUAUGUCAUCUCUUCCUUCACGGAGCUCAAGGCUUAUGACUUGCUCUCCAAAGCCGCAGUGCAGUUUGUGGACUACAACAAGCGCCAGAUGAGCCGCAUUUACCCCAAGGGCACCCGCAUGGACUCCUCCAAUUACAUGCCCCAGAUGUUCUGGAAUGCUGGCUGCCAGAUGGUUGCCCUCAACUUCCAGACAAUGGAUCUUCCCAUGCAGCAGAACAUGGCACUAUUUGAGUUCAAUGGGCAGAGCGGCUACCUCCUCAAGCAUGAGUUCAUGCGUCGGCCAGACAAGCAGUUCAACCCAUUCUCGGUGGAUGGCAUCGACGUGGUGGUAGCCACCACCCUUUCCAUUAAGGUAAUCUCGGGGCAGUUUCUGUCAGAACGCAGUGUGCGCACCUAUGUGGAAGUGGAGCUGUUUGGCCUUCCUGGGGACCCCAAGAGGCGCUAUCGCACCAAGCUGUCCCCCACUGCCAACUCCAUCAAUCCCGUCUGGAAUGAGGAGCCCUUUGUGUUUGAGAAGAUCUUGAUGCCUGAGCUGGCCUCCCUCAGGGUGGCUGUGAUGGAGGAAGGCAGCAAGUUUCUCGGACACCGCAUCAUCCCCAUCAAUGCCCUGAACACUGGAUACCACCAUCUGUGCCUGCGCAGUGAGAGCAACAUGCCCCUCACCAUGCCUGCGCUCUUCGUCCUCCUGGAGAUGAAAGACUAUGUACCUGACACCUGGGCAGAUCUCACUGUGGCCCUCGCCAAUCCCAUCAAGUUCUUCAAUGCCCAUGAUAAGAAGUCUGUGAAGCUCAAGGAAGCCAUGGGCGGUCUGCCUGAGAAGCCCUUCUCCCCCGGGAGCCCACUUGCCAGCCAGGUGAACGGGGCACCCGCCUCGACCAGCAAUGGGUCAGCAGGUAUGCACUGCGGGGGUGCUCCCACCUGCGGGGAGGGGUCCUGGCCCUCUCUGGCUGCAUCUGCAGGCGCCUCCCAGCGGGGCGGCAGAUCUGUACAAAACUAAGACUUUCACCGAGGAAGGGAACGCGGUGUCUGAGGCCUCAGCGCUGAGAAAGUGCACCGCGGGGGGCCCACGCUGGCACCCCCAGGGGGCGGGGAGGAGCAGAGCUGAGCCGGGGACCCCAGGACACCUGUCAGCCCGUCCUGUGGCUCCUGUAGCAGCUGGGCCCGGGGCCGGGGGCAGGGAGGGGCCGGAAAGAAGCUGUGAGCGAGGCCUGCUGAGUGGUCUUGAGGACCCGCUUGGGGGAGGUUCGGGCCUCGUGGGAAAGGCGGGGGCU